AUGUCAAUGAAAAAAUACGAGAUCAUUGUGAAUAACAACACAUUCAAAUUGGAAUAUGAACCCAAAUCUUCCUCAGCAAAAAUCAGCGACGUUGUUCAAUUCUUAAAUUAACAAAAAGGAUUUCCUGCGAAAGCUAAAUUGUAUAUUGCUGAUGAAAAUAAUGUCAGAGAUAUACAUUAUGACCUUAAUUCUCUCAAAAAUAAUGUGAUAUAUAUCAAUUUUUCAGAAGAAAUAGAAAGCUUCACAAUAUAACACAUAGAUAAGGAUGAGAGAAAUAUAAGCUUAUAUUGGAUAAAGUGGAUGCAUGUUAGUAAUUAAUAGAAAUUGAAAAAAAAAUUGCGAAUACAAUAAAAAUUGAAGAUUUUAGACAGAAAUUUAUUCCUCUGCCAAAUAUUCUUUUAUUAAUAAGAACUAUUUUAUCUAGUUUAAGCGAUUUUUUAUAUUAGAUAUUAAGACAAACUAUAAUUGUUUUAGAUUGAUGCUUUUUCAUAUUUGGAUAAAAUAAAGUAGAAGAUUAGACAAAAGCUUGGUAUUGAAGAGGAAAUAGAAUUAUAUUUCAGAGGUCAAUAAUUGGAAGAUCGAAAGACAUAUUUUUUCUACAAAAUCUAUUAGAAUGCUGAAUUGAAAAUGAAAAUAAAGAGCCUGCAAAAGAUUUAAAUUUCAUAUUAGAGCAAAACAUAUAGAUUUAAUGUUUCGGUUAAUAUGACUAUAGAGGAGUUCAUUAAAUACUACAAGUAAGUUGAACAAAUACAUUAAAAUCAAAUUUUAUAAGUUUAUUAUCUUAACAAAAUGUUAGAAAACAACACAAAAAUUGGAAGCUUAGAUUUAGCAGAUAAUGCUGAAUUUAAGAUAACAAAUAAAAUACUAGAAAAGACUAUGAUCAUAAAAUUUGUAAGUAAAGUAUAAGAGUAAGUUCAUUUUUCAAAACAGGUAUCCAAUUUAGAUUAUUUUUCAACUAUUUUUGAAUUACAACCUUUUAAAGGAAAGGUAUUCUAAUUCUAUGUUAAUGGUAAUAUAGUCGAAAUUACUGAGAGACUAAUUUUUAAUAGUAUCAAAUUUAAAGAAAAUGAGUAUUUGAUUUAGUAUGAAAUGGUGUAGAAUUUUCAAUUACCUUUAAUGUCACCUUCCAAGAUGAUGAAGGCAACUCAUUUACAAAAUAGGUGA